UUCACUACUUCCUGGUUCCUUUAACUGUGUGUCAGAGCGCCCGCUGACAAACAAGCCGAAAGUUUUGCGGACACGGGAGAAGGAUGAACCCAGUGGUGACGGUCCGGCAGCCGAGGGAAUGCUGCACCCCUUGUAAACUCCGAGCUACAAAAUGAUUAACAGACGUUGUGAUUUUUCGCGGCUACCAGACAGCGGCGGCAGGAGCGUUAACAGCCAGAGCGGCUAGCCAGUUAGCAACCAAGUCGGCUAGCCAGUUAGCUACCAAAGCGGCUCGCCUGUUAGCAACUAAAGCGGAUAGUCAGUUAACAAGGAGAGCGCCUAGCCAUUUAGCAACUAGAGCGGCUAGACAGUUAGCGACCAGAGCGGCAAGCAAGCUAGCUGCCGCUAGCAAGUUAGCUGCCGCUAGCAAGUUAGCUGCUAGCAGACGGAGCUGCUGUUAGCAUCGAGUGUCCAGCUAGAAACGUUGGCUGCAGCCCGGACUGGAAGAGACCGGAGUCUGUGGAGGGGGACAGCAUGGAGAACAAGGACAAAGUUCAGAUGAGGAAUAACCCUCGCAGACCGCUGAAGAAGCUGAGCGAGGACAGUCUCACCAAGCAGCCAGAGGAAGUCUUUGAUGUCCUGGAGAAGCUGGGCGAAGGGUCUUAUGGCUGUGUGUUUAAGGCCAUUUGUAAAGAAACGGGGGAGAUUGUUGCCAUCAAACAAGUUCCUAUGGAGUCCGAUCUUCAAGACAUGAUCAAGGAAAUCUCUAUCAUGCAGCAGUGUAACAGUCCCCAUGUAGUUCGUUACUACGGCAGCUACAUCAAAAACUGUGACAUGUGGAUCGUCAUGGAAUAUUGCGGUGCCGGAUCAGUGUCUGAUAUCAUCCGAAUACGGAACAAGACGCUGAAAGAGGAGGAGAUUGCCACCAUCCUGUACUCGACUCUGAAGGGUCUAGAGUACCUCCACUUCAUGAGGAAGAUCCACCGAGACAUCAAAGCAGGCAACAUACUGCUGAACUCAGAGGGUCAGGCCAAGCUGGCCGACUUUGGAGUCGCUGGACAACUCACUGACACCAUGGCGAAGAGAAACACGGUCAUCGGCACACCGUUCUGGAUGGCUCCGGAGGUCAUACAGGAGAUCGGUUACAACUGUGUGGCUGACAUAUGGUCUCUGGGCAUUACAGCCAUAGAGAUGGCAGAGGGGAAGCCGCCCUAUGCCGACAUACACCCGAUGAGGGCCAUCUUCAUGAUUCCCACCAAUCCUCCACCAACGUUUCGGAACCCAGAUCUGUGGUCUCCGGCGUUUAAAGACUUCGUCAGCCAGUGUUUGGUGAAAAACCCGGAACAAAGGGCGUCAGCCACACAGCUGUUACAGCAUUCAUUUAUCAAGUCAGCCAAGCCCACCUCCAUCCUUAAAGCCCUGAUCACAGACGCCAUGGAGAUCAAACUGAAGAAGGAGGAGGCCGAACUGAGGGAACAAGAUGACAAUGAUGAUGAUAAUUCGGAUGAGGAUGAGGUGGACCAGGGGACGAUGGUGCGGGCAGGAACAGAGGACCUGGGAACCAUCCGGGCUGCUGGCUCAUUAGCGAGCUCGCUUGGCGGUACAUCACGAACUAUGAUCGAACACGACGACAUGGGAACCAUGCAGUCACAACUGGGCACCAUGGUCAUCAACACCGAAGACGACGAUGAGGAAGAAGCUGGUACUAUGAAAAGGAGAGAUGAGACGAUGCAGCCCGCCAAGCCGUCUUUCCUGGAGUACUUUGAGCAGAAGGAGAAGGAGGCCAAUAGUCACAACGAGAAAAAACGAGAAAACAACGCAGACAACCGCAAACUGCCCGGCGACGGAGAUCUUGAAGUGGUGAGCACGUGGACGGUGGAUGAGCUCCGGGUGAAACUGGCCUCUCUGGACCCUCAGAUGGAGCAGGAGAUCGAGGAGAUCCACCAGCGCUACCAGGCCAAGAGGCAGCCCAUCCUGGACGCCAUCGAGGCCAAAAAACGACGGCAGCAGAAGUUCUGAGAAGGGUCUGCUGAGCGGCCACGACUGAAGGUUUCAUCUCGUGCUUUCUGCAGCGGCUCUGAGACGAUGUGCUGAGCUUUCUAAUGAUCGUUCACGAGAUGAUGCAGCUGAAGUGACAUUUUGGAGGCUGGCUGCUGAGUUUAUUCUCCUGUCUGGACAGAGAGCUCAGUCUGACAGGAAGUCCUAGAGAUUCUUUGUAUUCGUCCGUCUCCUCGAGACGAUCUGGAGUGUCUUCAUCGCUUUUCUGGUUUUAGCAGUUUAUGGAACCGCAUUUAAAGUGGUUUCAUUUUGAUAUCAUCAGCAGCUUUCUGCUUAUUGCUCGCUAGCACACAGGUGUCUCGUCUACACUGAAAAGUCACGUCUCUUAAACUUGGGUUUUUUUACACAGUCAUGAGGUACAGUUUCAUUUUAACUGCUGGCUGAUUACAUUAGGUACUCAUCUACUGACUCUUUUUUUUUUUUUUUUUUUCUGUCGCUGUCGGUAAACAGCGAUGCUGCUCAACAUCUCCGCGUUUCUUCUCCAGACUGUGAAAUUCUCAAAAAGAAAAAUGCCCAAGAGACUGAGCUCCUCUCAGCUCGAAGGUUCCUGAACACACUGGAUAUUGAUGCAGAGCGAGAAGCAGAGGAGACGACAGGAUUCAUGUUUAUCUGAGCUCACGCAUUUUCACCCUGCUGGUCGCUUCUGAAAGCCUUUGUUUUCUCUCAUGUUUUAGUGCAGCAGUUGUGUUUGAUGUUACAUAGGAAACAGUGUUUGUGUCUCAGUUCUUCUCAUGUUUUCUGCCUCGACGUGGAGUCAAAUUACACAAAAACGUCAGUGAAGAGGCAGAAAAAAAGGGCAGUUAAUCAGAGUACGGUGUAGUUUCUGUUUUUACCCCAUAGAGCUCCUCGUUUACUCACGUUACACCUAAUGUCUGAAUUAUCAUGAAACGUCUUUAAACUUCUCCACAAACUUUGUUGUGAAGGGCUGCUGGUGGAGAUUGAAACAAAAGUGCUGUUGUCAUUUUUACGUGUCAGGGCUAAUUACAGGAGUAUAUUUACAAGAUGCAAGAUUAUUGAUGAAAAUAAUGAUAAUAAUAUCAUGUCUAUAAAAACCUGUGAUAAAUGGAAGCAAAGGUAAAAACACAAAAUUAUAUUUUCUUUUUAGUAAAUGGUAUCUAACACAAUAUAAAGACAAUUCUUUGUAAUAACUUCUCCUGUGAGGACACAUUAUAUUAUCAGGGCUGAGUGUCGCCAAUGAAUUCUUUAUUCGAUUCAAUAUAAUUUAUUUUAAAAGAUAUUUCAGUUUUGAAUAUUGACAUUUGUGGUUUAUAUUCUUCAUUUUUUUUUUUAACACAGCCCUAUUUCAAAUAAUGUAUUUUACUAUAACGUCAUUCAGUUUGUUUAUACAGCAGCCUCUGCUUAUGUCUGCCCACAGGAUGAGUUUGGUUUAGUUCAUACCGGGACUGUCAACCAAUUAAAAUAGUUAAAGUGUGAUUAAUUCCCAGUUAAUACAAUUGGUACAAAUCCUUCCCAGGAAAUUCUCCAUAAUAACAUUUGGAGGAUGCGUGUGUCAUUCUCGUUACGAUUAAACCCAGAGAGUUUAAACCUCUACUGAACAGAAAAGAAAGAAGACGUCUAAGUAGAUGGUUUACAGAGCGGAAACGUUUCUGAGAAACGUGGACGGGGACAGUGAACUUCAGACCAGUCACUGCAGUGUCAUUUCUGGGACGAUGUAGAUGUGACACAGACCAUGAAUCUGACUUCAGACUAGUUGAUCUUCGUAGUGUUUUAGUGACUCAUGUGGACGUCGAAGAAGUCGAACUAUCAGCAAACUGAAAACAGUAGCAGCACCUUAAUGUUUGUUAAAUGUCUUCUGACGGCUCGUAGGUAAACAUGACGUCUGCUGGAAAUAAAACAGAAUCUCAUUGUUUGAUUGGGAAUUUUGAUGCUUAAAUAUGUUCAGUGGGAAUUUAAUGAUUUUUGCCUUAUCAUCUUUAUUUUUCUUUUGUUUGUUUGUUUUCCACCUCUGUCCUUUUUUAUGCUUUUUAAGCUUUUUUUUUUUUGCAUCUAUUUUUCCUUUCUAAUCAAGCUCAAGGUUUUGACAAAUGUCUGGAACAGAUCCAACAAAGCUUUUAUUUUGUGGAUGCAUUAGUUUGAUCUGCCCAGCCCAAAAAGUGCCAAGACCGGAGCUGGCGCCGACCCAGACCCGGUCCACUUCUGACAUUCCUCAUCUGUCCAUCAUCCCGCACAACACAGAGUAAUGGAUUUAUAUUUUUAUACGCAGGGCUUUGGAGGAGACGCAGUCAGAAAACGCUUCUCAGGUCAUUGAACUCCUCAGGGGUGUAAAAUGAGACAUUGCUGUAGAUAUUUCACGUCUGUAUAUACGAGGGCGCUGGGCCGCGUGUGCAUGUUGCGAUUCGUCUGGUGAGCUGAAGGUUCGAUCCAGAACCAGCGAGACGUUGGUGGAGAGAAAAACCUUCAGCUGCAUCUGAAAAUGAAACACUGCAGAACUUGUUCCUCUGUUAGGUUACGACUCAUGAGCACAAUUUGUUGCCCGUCCUUGUGUUACAAGCGAAGCUAAAGGGAUUCUUUCUGCCUUAAUGUUGGAAGCACUGUUUGUUUUUGUUAAGCUGUUUUUGUUCACUUUACUUCUGUUUGAUGGGAGGAAAAGGGCAAGUAUUAAAAAAAAAAAAAAAAAAUCCUGAUGCUGCCGUAAGUCAAAAUCACUGGAGAAAAGAGAAAUGAAACCACUGUUUGCCUUUUAUUUGAACUUUAAAACCACUGCCUAAUGCAUCGGUCGAUGUUAUAGUGAACUUACUGUAACGUUUGGUUUGUGCUGGAGAUUCUCAUUCCUCUGAAUAGGACGUAUCUGGGUACCUGUGUGUAUUUCCUCUGUGAUUUAAUUUAUUUUCGGUGGAAAAGACUGAACGCAAUCAAUGUUUCUGCUGCGCAGCCAGUUUAUUUAACGAGUGAGUCGGUUACUGUGUCAGACCUGCUGAAACGUACGCGGCGCUUGGACCUCCAGCCUCGCAUUUAUUCAUCCUCAUAGUCAGGGAGCCUCGGCUUCCUGUUCUUCUUUUUGGUUUUGUUGUUGUUUUUAUGAAAAGUGUUCAUUUUGAAUAUCAUCUCAGCCUUCAAAAUAGCAGCGUGUAGAGCUUCUGGAAGCUGUGACACCUUCAAUGGAGAGUCACAGCAGACAGGUUUUCUUUGGCUGUUAAUCAUGUAGUUAAGUGAAAAGCAUCUGGAGGGAAACUCUCCCUCGUUUAUUUCUCUCCACUCGUCUGUCUGAGACCACCGCUGCUUGGUUUGUGCGUUUUUAUUUUUGUUUGCUUCUCUGACAAAGGAGAUAAUAAAAACUGAGGAAACACAA